GCCGCCGCAGGGAUCUGACGGACUGACGGUUCGGGGAAAAUGCGCCUGGAAGUUCGGGCUCGGAGCGACCUGGCAGCGGUUCCUGCCCCCAGCCCCCCCACCGACCGGACCUCUGAGGGCCGCAGGGACUGAAACGAUGCAGUCGGUUGCCAUGGAGGUGGGAAGCAGCAGCAGUUCAGGUGGAUCAGUGGUGGAGGUGAGCUUCCCCAGCGCUCAGACCUCAGUGCUGGACAGCCUGAACCGACAGAGGGAGGACGGCAGUCUCUGCGAUCUGUCCAUCCAUGUCCAGGGACACGUGUUCAAGGCCCACCGCUGCGUCCUGGCUGCGUCCUCGCCGUACUUCCACGAUCAGGUUCUGCUGAAGAACAUGUCGACGGUCUCCAUCCCCGCAGUGAUGGACCCGCUGGCGUUCGAGAGCGUCCUGAGCUGCGCCUACACCGGUCAGCUCCGCAUGCUGCGUGACGACAUCGUUAACUACCUCACGGUGGGCAGCGUGCUGCAGAUGUGGCACAUAGUGGACAAAUGCACCGAGCUGCUGAGGGAGGGCCGAGCGGCCGCGGCAGGAGGUGGCGGAGGAGCGCAGGCUGGAACCGGCGGGAGUUCGACCAAUCCCAGGUGUAGCAGCAGCAGCAAUGCAGAUUCUGGUAACGAUGGAGCUGGAAGCUCAGGGGCAGCCCCGGCGGUAGAGCCCAACGACCCCCAGCGAGCCCCCCAACCCUCCAGUCGCCCCUCAGUGAGCGAGAGCCAAUCCCCCAGCAGCACCAACUACUUCAGCCCCAGAGACGGCGGCAGCUUCCUGGGAGGAGGAGCAGCUGCAGGAGGAGCGUCUCUGGAUGGAGGCAGAGCCAGCAACACCCCCAGCUACUGCACGCCGUCAGGAGGAGAGGAGGCCCUGCUGAUAGAGGAGGAGGAAGAGGAGGCAGAGGAGGAGGAAGAGGAGGUGAUGUACCACCAGAGGAAGAGAGGAAGAGGAGGAGGCAGCGGGAGGAGGAAGAAGGGGAGCUCAGUGAUGGAGCAGGAAGUCGGUGUCAGCGACAGCUUUGGGGUUUCCUCCUAUCAGGACGGGGAGGACUCAGAGGAGACGCUGCAGAAGCGUCCGACCUACAGCCAGCCCAGCAUCAUGCCGCGCAAACAGUGGGUGGUGGUGAAAACCGAGCGUCCGGAGGACGACGACCUGAUCGUGGUGUCAGGAGAGGAGGGGGGAGAGGAUGAGGAGGACGAAGAUGAGAGGGAGAUGGAGCUGACUCGAGAGAGGGAGAGAGGGAACUUCAACAUCUCCAACAUCAGGAGCCUUUCGGCUGAGCUGGCGAGCCGAGCGGAGAGCGACAUGGACUCACAGGUGGACUACUGCCAGUCAUCAGAGGACUACCUCAAGUUUGAAGGCAGCCUGAUCGAACAGACGUUAGCUCAGCACCUUCAUGACAACGCUGCGGGUCAGAACCAGAGUACCAGCCGGGCGGUGUCGGCUCUGCUGGGUCAGGUCCAGUCUGCAGCCUCGGCCCGGGCUCAGCUCUUCCCUCUGGACAUGCAGGGGAACCAGAUCCUGCUCUACAGCCAGGCCUCCGGGCUCCCCUUGGAUCCCGCUACUCCUCCGCUGGGAAUGAUGGGCGGAGCCUCUUUCAAGGCUCCCAGUUUGGAGCACGGUGCGGUCCAGAUGCAGACCGGGUUAGGGGCGGAUGGUUCGGACGGCGGCGGCGCUUCAGGUGGAGGCGGCGGCUCCGGAGGGACGACCAAGGUGUUCAUGUGUCACUGUGGGAAAACCUUCACCCAUAAGAGCAUGAGGGACCGCCACAUCAACAUGCACCUGGACCUGCGGCCGUUCCACUGCCCCGUCUGCUCCAAGAAGUUCAAGAUGAAGCACCACCUGACGGAGCACAUGAAGACCCACACCGGCCUCAAGCCCUACGACUGCCUCAGCUGCGGCAAGAAGUUCAUGUGGCGCGACAGCUUCAUGAGGCACCGCUCGCACUGCGAGAGGCGCAGCGGGCCGGGGGAGGACGGAGGCGGGGACGCAGGCAGACGAGGAGGAGAGGAGGGGCCGGAUUUUAGCACCUCCACCCACCUCCUCCUGUCUGCACCUGAAGGGCAGGGAGACGGAACCAGAGGAGGCGGAGCUUCUGUUUCUGCUGCUGCUCUGACGCAGCAACACGGCGGCCCCUCCUCCACAGGAAGCAGUCACCAUGGAAACAACAUGGCCGCUGCAGGAGGGCUACUGGGUCCAGAUCAGGUGUCAGGGAUUUUUGGAGGUCUGGGUUUGGCUCGGAGUGUGUGUGAGGAAGACGUGUGUGAAGUCAGCGCAGAUGAAAGCAGCGUGACCUAAAGCUGAGUUUGACCCAACAGGAGCUCAGUUCUGAUGGUUCUGGUGGUUCUGAUGGUUCUGAUGGUUCCUACUGCCUUUUAUUUAUUACCUGGGAGAAUCCAGAUUCUUUUCUAAAACAGGGAGAGAGAGAGAGCACUUUGUUGGAGCUUCUGUUUGACCCAGACUCUCCAGAUGGAUCAAUUCUCUAGAUUCAGACUAAAACUGUCUUCAGUUUGUCUCAAAUCAUCAAGUUUUUGCACAGAUUUGAAAAGCGGACCUGCUGCCUCACAGUACGCCUUCAGUUUGAAUCGUUUAAGAUGUUCCUAAAGUUUUUCUUUGUUUGGUAAAACAAUGUUUGUUUGUUGUGAGGAAACCAGAGCACUGUUGGUUUCUGCGGGAACCUUCCAGAAGGAGCAGAGAAACGGUCCAGAUGUUGUAACUUCUCUGCAGUUCAUAACAUGACCUGUUGCUGUGUUCAGAUAAAUGUCUGUCAGAGUGAUUAGGAAUAGAAAAAUAUAAAAAUUCGUGUUUCUAUAAGAGAUUACAGGACAGCAGGGUUCAUAUUGAUGAUUUUCCUUACUGAUUUUGGUCACACUGGGGCUGAGAUUCAGGUUUAUGAAUAAUUUAUGACUCAUCUGAGAUAUUUAGACAUUUUAAUUAAACAAAAACUUCAGAUAUUCCUCACAGAAUCACUUUGUUAAUGUUGAUUGUCUAAAUAUUCCAACUUUACAUUAAGAUAAAUCGCUGCUAGAAAUAAAAUCUUACAGAAUAAUUCUAUCUUUAACCUUUAGGGGGCGACAGAGCACCUUUUCUUUCUUUACAGUCCUCUAUGUUUUUGCUACUUAAAAAGAAUAUUUAUCUUAAUUUUAUACAUAUUUAAAUCUGUAUUAUAAGCUGUUCACUGUUCAGUUUCUGUUUUGAUUUCAUAUUUAAUUCUUUGGAAGUGAUUUAUUAAGGUCAGCUGGAUGCAUCUGUUCAGAAAUCAUCAGUAAAUAAAAACUAAUGCUCUCCAAGG